GAACACUGUGGGAGACACUUGUUUGUUGAAAUGGAGAAAGUGUGUUUUCUGAUAUAUUCUGCUCUUCUUGUGCUAACUAGAACCAUUUACGUAAAGAGUGAUGCUGGUAAGCUCAAUAACUUCAAUGGUUCCAGCUACAUUUUCUAUGGCAACGUUAUCGGUAAAAGCUACAAGUGGGUUGGAAGCAAAAAAAACUGUGAACAGUCCGGAUCUAACCUUGUUUCUAUUGAGAGUCGUGCGGAAUGGGAAUUCCUGAAAAAAAUCAUUCUAAAAGAGAAUACCAUUGAAUACUUCAUAGGUUUAAGGAAAGAUAAACCAACUGGAGUGUGGAGAUGGUUGAGUGAUAACAGCACAGUCAAUGCGUCCAAUGAAGGACGUUGGCCCUGGGCAGUAGGAGAACCUAGCAACCGAAGGAAUACACAUGAAGAGAACUGCGCACAAAUGUACGGAAAGUAUGAAGAUAACUAUGGGCGCUAUAAUGAUGUCAGUUGUACUUCACCCAACGCCGGAGCAGGAUUCAUAUGUGAAUUAAGAGGUGGAGGAGAGAAAAAAUCAGCGAAAGCGACAGCAUCCACCAUAACAGGUAAGUAUUGGCGUUGUAACUGUUGA